AUGCAGCCGCCACGCCAGACGACGCUAACCCCGGAAGGGAAAGCAACUGCUGCUGCACAGACCAAGCAGCAGCAGCAGCAGCAGCAGCAGCAGCAGCAGCAGACUCCAUCUCCUGUACGUACAACUGCCGCAUCCACAGGGCCUGCUGCUGCAGGGUCAGCAGCAAAGGAAGGAGGGGCCCCCAAACCCGGUAAAAAGAAACGCACCCUCAAGCUACUGGCAGCAGCAGCAGCAACUGCUGCUGCAGCGGUUGUCGCUGCUGCUGCUUUAGAAGAUGUUCAACCCAAGAACACAAUCACCAACAAAGUGCUGGGGGGGCCAGCAGCAGCAGCAGAAGUAGGCAGCUACGCAGCAAAGAUAGGCUCUGCAGCAGCAACUGCAGCGAGCGCAGCAGCAGCAAGUGCAGCAGCAGCAAAUGCAGCAACAGCAGAAGAUGCUCAACCAAAGAACACAAUCACGAACAAAGUCCUGGGGGGACCAGCAGCAGCAGCAGAAGUAGGCAGCUACGCAGCAAAGAUAGGCUCUGCAGCAGCAACUGCAGCAAGUGCAGCAGCAGCAAGUGCAGCAGCAGCAAAUGCAGCAACAGCAGGUGCAGCACCAGCAGGACAGAAAUCAGUGCCAAAUGUAGAUGAAGCAGCAGCAGCAGAAGGGGCAGAUACAGCAGCAGCACGACAGACAGCAGCAGCAGCAGCAACAACAAAUGCUGCAGCAGAAGCAGCAGCAGCCAACGCUGCAACAGCAACAGCAGCAGCGGAGGAGAGGGUCUUAGAAACGAAGGGUCAAGCCUUGCAAGCAGCAGCAGCCAACGCUGCAACAGCAACAGCAGCAGGGGAAGAGAGGGUCUUAGAAACGAAGGGUCAAGCUUUGCGUAGGGCCCUCCAUGAAUACCAAGAGCAGCAGCAGAAGCAGCAGAAGCAGCAGAAGCACGAAGAGGAACAGCAGCAGCAGCAGCAGCAGGAAGAGCAGCAACAGCAGCAGGAACAGCAAGAAGAGCAGCAGCAGGAUCAAGAAGAAAAACAGCAGCAGCAGCAGCAGCAAGAAGAGCAAGAAGCUGCAGAAACAGCAACAAACCCGACAGAAGGAACCUCAGCAGCAGCAGCAACAGCAGCAGCAGCAGCAGCAGCAGAAUCAGUUCCUGAAGCCUUCUCUGCUCUUUGGGGCCUCUCAGCAGCAGCAGCAGCAGAAUCAGUUCCUGAAGGGUUCGAUGGCGACGCACUGUUGGGGCUUUCUCGUGAGGAGCUGCAUGCACGCGUGCUGCGUCAGGAUGCGUGUUUAAAGGGGUUGAUGGCGGAGGCCGAGAAAAAAGAAAAAGAAACAGAAAAACAAAUAGCCGAUAUGCAGAGAGAGAUAACACAUAAGCUGCGAGAAGAAGCAAAAGAAGCACUGGAGGCUCAGGCGAAGGCGGCUGUGUCGUUGGUGGAGACACGGAGCUGGGAGUUGUUUGAAAAGCAGCAGCAAAUGAAGGAGUGGGCGGCUGACAACGAACAGAAGAUGCUGCUCCUCGAGGAGAGGGUAGACGACAUGCAACAGGCCUUUGGGGGUCUGGUGAGCCGCCUGAACUGCGCUGUGCUGGCGACGCGGUUGGGGGCGGCUCUGUCCUCCUUGAAUUUUGCGGUGUCUAGACAGCUGCCGGUUGGGGAGGCGUUCAGGGAGCUGGAGGAGACAGCAGAAGAAGACCCCGUUAUAGCGUCCGUCGUUGCUUCCUUGAGGCCCCUCCUCCCCGAGCUGGAGAUACACCCCGUUGCCACCCCCGCGGCGGCUCUUGUGCGUUUUCUUUUUAUUUUAUAA